CCCGAAUGCAGAGGGCUUACCAAAUUAGCUGAUACUGCCACAUUCCAUUUAGACGCAAAGUCUGCAGCAAGUACUACUGCUCCAUCCAAUGACGAAAUCCAGUUGGAACCUUCCUUAUCAUCUUCUCUCCCAUCCUCUCCUCGGAGUCCAGUAUCUACUUCAGGUACCACCCUCGCCUCAGUAGAAGGAGUGAAGGAGAAGGUGAAAACCUUUCGUCGACGGUUUGCCGCCAUCAAGAUGUCGACAAUCGAAUGCCUUGAGAAAUGCAAAAUGGUCGUGAAAACCGUCGUAUUCCUGUUGAUGUCCAUCAAAGCGGUAGACGAACACAAAAUGUUCCUCAAAAAGGAGCACAAAACCCUGCGCAAGUGCGAAGACCACUGGGAGCUGUUUGGAGACCUGAAUCUCUACUGGAACUAUCUUGCCUUUGAUCUCCUGGAACAACUCAUUGAAGUCCUGACUCUCAAGCAAGCAGAGUUCGACCCCAUCGCAACCGAAAUGGCCAGCUACAAAGGAGAACUUGAGAAUUUCAGAAGGAGCACUGCGUUGGAGCUAUUCUGCCUGGCCGAGGCUUCGAAACUCGGAGCUAACAUACCGGAAAGUUUCAAGGAAGUGGUCGUUAAAUUCGAAUGGCCCGGGGAAGUCAAUCUGGAGAUGGUUGAGGAGUUCCGGCAGCGCUAUGCCCAGGCUUACAACCUGGACAAGUGUGCCAUGUUAAUCUACAGCAUCCGGGCUGGGUCGUUUACCGUUACCUGGCUUUUGCCUAAUUCCGUCCUCGACAGAUUGACAAAGACAACGGCGCCCGUUCAGCUCUUCAGACAUUUCCGCGUUAUUAGAUUGGACAUUGACGGAAAGUGUUUCUACAAAAUGCCGGUGGCCCCCUCCCUUACUCCUACCUCCAGUGGCAGCUUGGAAAACAAAGGCUCGCCUGCAAAAAGUGGAGAAGGAAAGGAGGAAAUGGACGAAUACAGAUUUGUUGAGCAGCCAUCUGCGGACUUUUUCUGUCCAGUCACAAUGGGUCUACUGCUCCAGCCUCACCUCACGUCAUGCUGCGGUAAACAUAUCUCGCAGGAAGCUGCUGCAAAGAUACGGAGGGAGAAGUUGCCGUGUCCGCUGUGCAAGAAGGCUCACUGGAACACAAUGUUGGACAAGCGGUUUCGGCGCGAAGUGAACGCACUCCACGUGUGCUGUCGUCACGAGGAUAGAGGCUGUGGGUGGCAGGGAGAGAUGACUACCUUUCACACCCACGCCAAGUCUUGCCCCAUGAGAUGUGACGCUCCACUGAACACUAGGUUAGCUGAGAAUUAUCGGCAUGCAAUCUAGAGUAAUCUGCAUACCUUUGGAAUUUCAUACAGUGAUGACAGAGCAACUUUAGGACCUGGACCAGAACACUUUAACGUGACGGAAAAAUCACAGGCAGAGGAAACCAAUGACAGUUUCUAUGUGCCUGAGGGUCCACUGUUUGUAGCUCUGUAUGACUUUGAGCAGAAGACAAGCGAGAGCCUGGCUUUCAGAAAGGGAGAAAAGUUAGAGAUCAUCAGCGAAGAGAAGGAAGGUGAUUGGUGGCGAGCUCGCAAUCUAAACUCCUUGAAAGAAGGCUACAUUCCCCGCCAAUAUGUGGCAAAGUGUGAUACUCUGGCAGCCGAAGACUGGUACUUUGGCAAAAUAGGGAGAAGAGAAGCAGAGAGGAUCCUCCAAAUCCACCAUGUUCGAGGAAUGUUCAUGGUUCGGGAGAGUGAUAGCAAACCGGGGGAUUUCACCCUCUCUAUCUACGAUGGUGACAGUGUGAAGCACUACCACAUUCGCCGCCCAGAUCAUGAGGCUAUCUAUUACGUCGCCAGUCGAGCUGUCUUCAAGUCUAUCAGGGAACUAAUAGAGCAUUACUCCAAGGAUUCCGAUGGACUAGUCACUGUCCUCACUGCCCCUUGCCUCCCACUGGAGAAACCACGGACCGAUCUGUCCACAAGACACAGACAGAGUGGGAGAUAGCUUGUGAUUCCAUCUCCUUUGGCAGCGAACUCGGAUAUAACGGCAGGUUUGGGGAGGUGUGGGAGGGAAAAUGGAAUCAAAGCAUACCAGUUGCUAUCAUGACCUUUAAAAAUGGGAUUAUAGAGCCGCAGCCAUUUCGGGAAGAGGUUGCAAUCAUGAUAACACUGCGGCAUCCAAACCUUGUGCAGUUGUAUGCCAUUUGUACGCAGGAAGAGCCUCUUAUGAUGAUCAUGGAGCUAAUGUCGCAAGGCAGCUUGCUCGAGUACCUGAGGGGAGAGGGUCGCUCACUGAAGCUGCGUGGUCUUGUCGAUAUGGCCGCCCAAGUUGCUGCUGGUAUGGAGUACCUCGAGGACCGAGACUACAUCCACGGAGACCUGGCAGCCAGGAACGUACUUGUUGGUGACCUCAACACCUGCAAGAUAUCUGACUUUGGACUGUCUCGACUCAUCGACGAUUACGAUGAUAGAACCUCAAGACUCCCCAUCAAGUGGAUGGCUCCAGAGGCUGCCCUUUACAACCGAUUCACGACCAAGAGCGACGUGUGGUCGUUUGGGGUCCUACUGUACGAGCUGUUGACCUACGGGCGAUUUCCGUACCCUGGCAUGACCAACAGUGAAGUCCUGAAAAAAUUACAGGUUGGAUAUCGCAUGCCUCCUCCCCCGAACACACCUGAUAGAUUCUACCAGAUAAUCCUCGACACCUGGAAGGAAGACCCUCUUGACCGGCCAACGUUCGAGUUAAUUAAGUGGAUUCUGGAGAAUUUCUUCGCUCAAGAUUUUUCAUACCGUAAUGCAAUAGACAUGAAGACAUGAAAGUAUGUGACAUGAAAGUAUUGUGUCUAUUGUGUGCAACAUGUUAUGUUGACCAAUAUACCCAUUCAUGUUGUCACAUGGGGUCGAACACAGUCACUUGUCACAUCUGUAAUAAGGUCUAGCGUCCUCUCUGCAUUCCAAGCUCCAUUAUGUUCCUCAGUAUAAUAUUAUACCCUA